AAAAGUUUCUUAGGCAAGGAUGAUUAAUGAGCAUUAAUUCCGAUGUGAUUUGAGGCCAUAAUAUAAGGAUAGAGAAAGCCAAUGAAAAGGUCAAACUCAAAGCAAUAAUUGCGCAUCCAACUAUUAGCCAACCAUUCCCCAAUCCUCACUCCACAUACUACAUUAACAUUACAAAUCAAAGAAAGGAAAACAAUGAUGCUUUCAAGGGAUAGAGAAUAGAGACCAGAAAAAAAAAAGCUAUAUCAUAUCUUUUCUUUCUUAGAAAGAAUUUCACUAACACUUAUCCCUUUUGUUCUACUCAUCAUUACAUAUCUUUGAACACAUUUGUUAAAAUUUGUCGGACAUUGUGGUUUCUAGCAUGGAUCGCCCUCGAGCACAUUCAUCUCCGCAUUUAGUUUCUUCACCAUCAUCAAAUAACGCUGAAAGGCCACAACCACAAGAAGAUUGCAAUUUAGAAGGCAUUACCACAAAUGUUAGAUUGCUGCUGAAAUUAAUUCAAGAUCAUAAUGGAGCAAGCAUGAAAGAGAACGAAGAGAGAAAGGUCCACAGGGUGAAUGGGAUCAUGUCCAUUUUAGAUGAAGUUAGGUCCAGAAUUCAAAGAAUCCAAACAUCUACAAAGAAAAAAGCGGAACUUAGAAGGUGUAACACAGAUCUUAGGCCUACAAUUCCAACUUCCAAUGAUAAAAGGCAGCCUGAUUUGCCAAUAGAUGAGAAGGAGAGGCUAAGGAGGGAGCUUAAUGCGAGCUUCAUGGCGCGACAGAGCCUUCAAGCCAUGUGUGCGAGUUUGGGGAAAGAAAAGCAGAUUAUGGCUUCAGAGCUUGCAAGAAAGGCUCAAGAGUUGGCAGAAAUGGAAGAGCUCUUGGUUGAUCUCAAGACACAAAAUAACAUGUUGGCAGAGAAGCUGUAUGCUUGCAGCUCAGAAAAGAAGAGCAACGAUGCGGAAAUUGAAGGCAACAUAGCCUUGCAGGAGCGAAACAGGGCACUUACAGAACAACUCCACAAGUCCCUCGAUGCAUAUCGAUCUUUGAAGCACAAGUACAAAGAUGCACGAGAGGAAAACCAAGAAAUCCAUGCCACAUUGGAACAAUUGAAGGAGGAAGUUGAAGCAGGCACUCAAAGGAUACAUGGCUUCAAAGAACAAGUCAUAAAGAGUCAUGAAAACAUAUUUGCAGAGGAGAUUUCCGCUAUAGAGAACAUGCUUGAAUCUCUUAGCCUCAAAAUCUCAAAACAUGAUCAGGAGAAAACUUAAUGUGUCUAAUAAUAUGAGAUUGCUCAUUAUAAACAUAGAUGAUUAACUGUAAAAUUUGUAAUGAGGAGGACAAGAGUCAGAGUAGAAAAAGUUGAUAUUGCACAUAUUUUUUAACUUUAAAUAUUAUCUAUUGAGGCCCAACAAAAAAGGAGGUAUAUUCUAUCUUGUGUAAAAUCAGAAAAUCAGGAGUUAUGCUCUUUCUUCUUCUUCUU